CGAAAAACUAAUUAACGGCAAGAUCCUAUAAAAAAUUCGGGUCUCUUAUUAUUUCUGCAACACACCGGUUUUGAUCACGGGACCUUUUAAAGAAUUGGGCCUCAAUUGCGGACGAGUCGUUUCUUUUCACUCAGUUUCGUCCACGAAAUCAAUUUUUUGCCAUAUUUAGCUUCAGUUUGAGCACAGAUCGGACCAUAAAGAGCUCCGGAUUAGGAAAAAUUGGCCCUCAAAGGUAUGCUUUUCACAGAAAUUCUGAUGAAGUAAUUUGCAGGCAAUAGAAACCCUACAGGAUGAGAUACAGUUUAAAUUAAUGAUUUACGAGGUCCGGUCGUGUGUCUUUUUCAAAAAAAAAAAUAGGACUUUUUGACAACCUAGGGUUUGAAACAACAACUCCAGAAAUUGUAGAGAAUUAUACUAGUGGGUGAAUAGGAUUGCCAGUUAUAGUUUCUGUUCGAUCGUGAUAGCAUUAAUUUGCAGUUACUUGAAAUAAAAACUAAACUUAUAACGAGGGAUAUGCAAAGGAGAGAAAGGGUUUUCCAGAAAGUUGGGGUUUUCCCACUUACAUAUGAUUUCGUGGGAGUUAAAAUUGAGGCCACGUCCCGUGUCAGCCCCUGUCGGACCUCCAUUGCAAAUCCUUGAAAAGUAAAAUUUUCAUUUUUGUGUUUUUAAGGGAAAUCUGGAUAUUUCGGCAUAAUUUGAUUAAUUUGGUGGGGGUGGGGAACGUGGGGCGGAAAUGGUGUUCUGCACUUGGGGAAACUGUAAUUGUUUUUUAUUUUGAGCUGCUGCGGCUUGGGGAUCAAUCGCUGGCUCGUGCGUCUUAGGAUGCUUGAGUUCAAAGUUAAGUCGCUCAGGGAGAAGGUGGAAUAGCUUAGGUUUUUGAUUCUGGUGUUACUUAUUUUUGUAGCCACCAGGAUACCUGAGUAGAAUCUGGUCACUUCUCUUGGAAAGUGAUACGAAUUGUAUGAAGGAAGUUGGAAUAGUCUACAUAUAUUCGUGCUGGUGUUUUCAUUGUCAUGCUUGGGGUUAUCAAAUUGCAAUUCGGCUAGUUCUUUAUCAAAAUGAUGGUUGAUCAGCUGGUGAAUUGGAAUUGUGGGAAAGAGUUUGAAAUAGCUUUGGACUUGCAAUUUUAUGUCCAAAGUUGUUAGCUUGCCUGCAGAUUUUAAUUGUUGGCGAGUUCACAUUGAAAAGCAGAGAAUAUUUAUUUGCUUCAGAGUUCUGUUUACGAAUGGCAUUUGUUCUACUGGUAAAUUGGAAUUGUCAAAAAGAAGUUGGUAUAGUUUUGGGCAUAUAGUUGUAGCUCCAAAUUUUUCAGUUCAACUACAAAGUGUAUUUAACCAUGGAACCACUAUGGAAGCUUGCAUAUCUACUUGAACCUGCAUCGCUUGCACUCAUUUUUACUGCAGUUCUUGUUGUCUUUGCAUCAGCCCGAAGGGCUCUCAAUUAUGAGAAAGAAAUGGAACGGAACCGUGACUUUUCAGAAUCUUCCAUUACUCUUGACAGUUCUCAGGCUCUUAUGAUUCCUGUUGCAAGUUCGUGCAGUCUUCUAUUGAUGUUUUAUUUGUUUGCAUCAAUGUCACAUAUUGUCACGGCCUUUACUGCAGUGGCUUCAGCAUCGUCCCUUGCAUUUUGCCUCUCUCCAUAUGUUCUUUAUAUAAAUUCUCAGCUUGGGCUGGUUGAUCCUAUUACCCCAUGCUGUUGCCGAACAAUCACUAGGAUACAGGGAAUUUUGGCCCUGGUGAGCUCAGUCCUGGUGAUUUCUUGGCUUGUAUCUGGACACUGGAUUUUAAAUAACCUUUUGGGCAUUUCCAUUUGCAUUGCUUUUGUUAGCCAUGUUAGAUUGCCAAAUAUCAAAAUCUGCUCAUUGCUUCUUGUCUGCUUGUUCGUAUAUGACAUUUUUUGGGUGUUUUUCUCGGAGCGGUUUUUUGGAGCCAAUGUUAUGGUUUCAGUUGCCACACAGCAGGCUUCAAAUCCAGUUCACACAGUUGUGAACUCUCUUAAUCUUCCAGGUUUACAAUCAAUAACAAAGAAGUUGGAGCUUCCAGUUAAACUUGUCUUCCCAAGAAAUUUGCUUGGUGGAAUGGUGCCUGGAAAUACUGCAGUGGAAUUCAUGAUGCUUGGCCUUGGAGAUAUGGCUAUUCCAGGAAUGCUCCUUGCUUUGGUUCUCUGUUUUGAUCAUCGUAAGAACAGGGAUAUCAGCAGUGUUAUGGAAGGGCCAUUUAUGAAGGGUCGUAAAUACAUAUGGUAUGCACUUUCUGGAUAUGCAGCUGGUCUUAUUGCCGCUCUUGCAGCCGGAGUAUUGACUCAUUCUCCACAGCCCGCUCUUCUAUAUCUUGUUCCAUCGACUCUUGGGCCUGUUAUUUUUGUCUCUUGGGUUAGAAGUGAAUUGAAUGAAUUAUGGGAUGGGCCAAGACCAAUUGUAAAUGAUAAAACACGAAUGAUGGAAGUGUAAAUUUCAUGCAAGCAGUCACACUGGAAUCUUUUAAAUGUCAGUGGGAAAGCCCACCUUUAGAUAGAUUUUAACAUAUUUUCCUGGAUCCUCCUAAUACUCUACUGAAUGUCAUUUCUUGAAAUUGUUUAUGCCAAAAUAUUCAUAUGUUUGAGGCACCACUUUCAAUUUGACCAGGUAUGUUCAAAACUUCA